AUGUCCACCAUGGAGAAGCUGAUGAAGGCCUUCGAGUCCCUCCGCUCCUUCCAGCAGCAGCAGAGUCCCGCCGCCGCGGCCGCCCCCCCUGAGGAGCCGCCCCAGAGACCAAGGAAAGACCUUUCUACCACCAAGAAAGAUCGAGUGAAUCAUUGCCUAACAAUUUGCGAAAAUAUUGUUGCUCAGUCUCUAAGGAAUUCUCCAGAGUUUCAGAAAUUGCUGGGCAUUGCAAUGGAACUUUUUUUGCUUUGUAGCGAUGAUGCAGAAUCAGAUGUAAGGAUGGUUGCUGAUGAAUGUCUCAAUAAAGUUAUAAAGGCUUUGAUGGAUUCUAACCUUCCAAGGUUACAGUUAGAACUCUACAAAGAGAUUAAAAAGAAUGGUGCUUCUCGAAGUCUGCGUGCUGCCCUGUGGAGGUUUGCUGAACUUGCACAUCUUGUUCGCCCUCUGAAAUGCCGGCCAUACUUAGUGAACCUGUUACCCUGCCUAACACGAGUGUGCAAGCGGCCUGAAGAGUCGGUACAAGAGACGCUGGCAGCAGCAAUACCAAAAAUCAUGUCAGCUUUUGGAAACUUUGCAAAUGACAAUGAAAUUAAGGCUUUCUUGAAGACUUUUGUAGCUAACCUGAAGAGUAGUUCUCCCACUAUCCGUCGAACAGCAGCUGCGUCGGCUGUGAGCAUCUGCCAGCAUUCACGAAGAACACAGUAUUUCUACACUUGGCUACUGAAUGUCCUGCUCGGUUUAUUGUUUCCCAUAGAAGAUGAAUAUCCCACUGUUUUAAUUCUUGGAGUGUUACUCACUUUAAGGUAUCUAAUACCUUUACUGCAGCAGCAGGUGAAAGAUACAAGUCUGAAAGGUAGCUUUGGUAUGAUACGAAAAGAGACUGAGAUUUCUCCUUCCUUGAGUCAACUUAUACAGGUUUAUGAAUUGACCCUACAUUAUACUCAGCACCGGGAUCACAAUGUGGUGACUGGAGCUUUAGAAUUACUACAACAACUUCUCAGAACGCCUCCUCCCGAUCUCCUGCUGGCGUUGACUACAGCUGGGGGUAUUACCCAAGUUGGUGUAUCCAAGGAUGAGACUUCCGGCAGAAACCGCAGUGAUAGCAUAGCGGAACUUAUAGCUGGAGGGGGGUCUUCAUGCAGCCCUGUUUUCCCCAGAAAAUCAAAAGCCAAAGUUGUUUUAGGGGAAGAUGACUGUUUGGAAGAUGAAGCUGAAACAAGAUCUGAGGUCAGCAGCACCGAUUUUGCAGCUUCUAUGAAAAGUGAGCUGGCUGGCGAGUUGGAUUCUUCAUCAGGUGUUUCCACAGCAGGAUCUGUCAUGAGUUCGGUGGCGGAUUCCUCCGGGCGAGACAUCAUAACUGAGCAGCCGCGCUCUCAGCACACCUUGCAGCCAGAGUCGGACUUGGCCGGCGCGGCUGUCAAGGGAGAUGCUGAGGAUGACCUUCUGAGUGGCAGCUCCAGCCAGGUCAGCGCUGUCCCCUCAGACCCUGCAGCGGACGUGGAUGGCGGCACUCAGGCCUCCUCUCCCCUCAGUGACAGUUCCCAGACAACAACGGAAGGCCCCGAUUCAGCUGCCACACCUGACAGUUCUGACAUGAUUCUAGAGAGUGCUGAAAACCAGUAUUCUGGGAUGCAGAUUGGACAGCUGCAAGAUGAAGAGGAUGAAGCCUCAAAUGUCCUCCAGGAUGAGACUGUUGAUCCUUUCAGAAAUUCUUGUCUUGCCCUUCAGCAGUCUCAUUUGUUAAAGAGCAUGGGUCAUAGUAGGCAGCCAUCAGACAGCAGCAUGGACAGGUUUUCCUCAAAAGAAGAAACGGAGCCUGGUGAACACGAAAAUAAGCUCUCCAGAAUAAAAGGCGAUAUAGGUCAUUAUACUGAUGGAAAUGCUGCCCCGCUGGUCCACUGCGUGCGCCUCCUGGCAGCCUCUUUUCUGCUUACGGGAGAGAAAGGUGUGCGAGUGCCUGACAAAGAUGUCAGGGUCAGCGUCAAAGCCCUGGCGGUGAGCUGCGUGGGAGCAGCUGUUGGUCUCCACCCUGAGGCCUUCUUCAGCAAGCUGUAUAAGAUGCCUCUUGAAGCUAGGGAAGAAGAAUAUGAGCAGUAUGUGUCUGAUAUUGUGAAUUAUAUUGAUCAUGGAGACCCCCAGAUCAGAGGAGCAACCGCCAUUUUAUGUGGAACGAUUGUUUGUUCCAUUCUCACGAAAUCUCGCUUUGAUGUGGAGAACUGGCUAACAAGCACCACAGCUUCAACAGGAAACAGUUUCUCCCUAGUAGACUGUAUACCCUUACUACAAAGAACUCUGAAGGAUGCAUCUUCCGUUACAUGCAAGUUGGCUUGCACAGCUGUGAGGCAUUGCAUUAUGAGUUUGUGCAGUAGUAGCUAUAGUGCUUUAGGUUUACAAUUAAUAGUCGAACUCCUUACGUUGAAGAAUAGUUCCUAUUGGCUGGUAAGGACUGAGCUGCUGGAAACUCUGGCUGAAAUUGAUUUUCGGUUAGUCAGUUUUCUGGAAGAAAGAGCUGGCAGGUUGCACCGAGGGGCUCAUCAUUAUACAGGGCUGUUAAAACUUCAGGAUCGCGUUCUCAAUAAUGUGGUCAUUUCUCUUCUUGGAGAUGAAGACCCCAGAGUGCGGCAUGUUGCUGCGGCUUCUUUAAUAAGGCUUGUCCCCCAACUCUUCUAUUGUUGUGACCAAGGUCAAGCAGACCCUGUGGUGGCUGUGGCGAGGGACCAAAGCAGUGUCUAUUUGAAGCUGCUGAUGCAUGAAACGCCACCUGCUUCUCACUUUGCAGUGAGCACCAUCACCAGAACGUACAGAGGUUAUAACAUGCUACAAAGCCCAACAGAUGUUACAAUGGAGAACAAUCUUUCCAGGGUUAUUUCAGCAGUUUCCCAUGCCUUGACAACCUCAUCCACAAGAUCUCUAACAUUUGGCUGCUGUGAAGCUUUGUGUCUUCUGUCCACAUCAUUUCCAGUUUGCACCUGGAACGUAGGAUGGCACUGCGGCUUUUCAAUGACGGGUUCUACAGAGGAAUAUCAGAAGAGCUGCACUGUUGGAAUGGCUGGUUUGGUUCUUUCCCUUCUUUCAUCCGCAUGGUUCCCACUAGAUCUCUCUGCCCAUCAAGAUGCUUUAAUACUGGUGGGAAACCUGCUUGCAGCUAGUGCUUCAAAAUCUCUGAAGAACCCCUGGACCACCGAGGAGGAAAGUAACCCUGGGGCCGCUAAGCAGGAGGAGCCUUGGCCAGCUCUAGCCGACAGGACUCUGGUGGUUUUGGUGGAACAGAUUUUUUCUCACUUGCUGAAGAUCAUUAAUAUUUGUGCUCAUGUAAUGGAUGACGUUGCACCUGGCCCAGCAGUAAAGGCAACGUUACCAUCUCUAACAAAUCCACCCUCUCUGAGUCCAAUUCGACGCAAAGGAAAAGAGAAGGAAGUUGCCGAACAGGCAUCUGUCGCAAUGAGCCCUAAAAAAAGCACUGAAAACAGCCCAGCUCCAAGGCAAAUGGAUGCUUCAGGCCCAACUCCAACAAGCAAAUCGUCACUGCUGGGAAACUUCUAUCACCUCCCUUCCUAUCUGAAGCUAUAUGAUGUUUUGAAAGCGACCCGUGCCAACUAUAAGGUUACGCUGGAUCUCCAGAACAGCACGGAGAAGUUUGGUGGCUUUCUGCGAUCUGCCCUGGAUGUCCUCUCUCAAAUUUUAGAGCUCGCAACUCUUCAAGACAUUGGAAAAUACGUUGAAGAAAUUUUGGGUUAUCUGAAAUCCUGUUUCAACAGAGAACCAAUGAUGGCAACUGUGUGUGUGCAGCAGCUGCUGAAGACGUUGUUUGGCACAAAUUUGGCCUCCCAGUAUGACUGCUUGUCUUUGAACCCCAGAGGAUCUCAAGGCAAAGCUCAGCGCUUGGGCUCUUCCAAUCUGAGACCUGGCCUUUAUCAUUAUUGCUUCAUGGCACCUUACACGCAUUUUACUCAAGCCCUGGCUGAUGCUAGUUUAAGGAACAUGGUGCAGGCUGAACAGGAACAUGAUGCUUCUGGCUGGUUUGAUGUAUUGCAAAAGGUUUCUGCACAACUGAAAACCGGCAUAACCAGUGCGGCGAAGCAUCGUGCUGACAAGAAUAUUAUUCAUAAUCACAUUCGUCUGUUUGAGCCCCUUGUUAUCAAAGCUCUGAAGCAGUACACCACAACGACUUCUGUGCAGCUGCAGAGGCAAGUGCUGGAUCUCCUGGCACAGCUGGUUCAAUUACGGGUUAACUACUGCCUCUUAGAUUCUGAUCAGGUAUUCAUUGGAUUUGUGCUAAGGCAGUUUGAAUACAUAGAAGUGGGACUGUUCAGGGGAUCGGAAGCCAUUAUUCCUAAUAUAUUUUUCUUCCUGGUCCUAUUGUCUUACGAGCGCUACCACUCCAAACAGAUAAUUGGAAUUCCUAAAAUUAUCCAACUCUGUGAUGGGAUAAUGGCGAGUGGAAGGAAAGCUGUCACUCAUGCAAUUCCAGCUCUGCAGCCCAUCGUUCACGAUCUCUUUAUACUAAGAGGAACAAACAAAGCUGAUGCUGGUAAAGAACUGGAAACGCAAAAGGAGGUGGUUGUUUCGAUGCUGUUGAGGCUUAUACAGUACCAUCAGGUUCUUGAGAUGUUCAUCCUCAUACUCCAACAGUGUCACAAGGAGAAUGAAGACAAGUGGAAAAGAUUGUCUCGACAGAUAGCAGACAUAAUUCUCCCAAAGUUAGCAAAACAACAGAUGCAUAUAGAUUCGCAUGAAGCUCUGGGGGUUCUGAACACUUUAUUUGAAAUACUAGCACCAUCCGCCCUCCGUCCAGUGGAUAUGCUUUUGAGGAGCAUGUUUGUCACUCCCAGUACAAUGGUCUCCGUGAGCACCAUCCAGUUAUGGAUAUCUGGCAUUCUGGCUAUUCUUCGGGUUUUGAUUUCACAGUCCACAGAAGACAUCGUUCUCUCUCGUAUUCAGGAGCUGUCUUUUUCACCCUAUUUGAUCUCAUGUGUAACAAUUAACAGACUAAGAAAUAGUGAAAACAUAACUCCAACUGAAGAACAGAUUGUGGAAGAGCAACGUAAAUAUCUUCCUGAGGAGAUGUUUUCCAGGUUCUUGUUACAGCUGGUGGGUAUCCUGUUAGAAGAUAUUACCACCAAGCAUUUGAAUGUGGAUAUGAAUGAACAGCAGCAUACCUUCUAUUGCCAAGAGUUGGGCACACUGCUUAUGUGUUUAAUUCAUACCUUCAAAUCAGGAAUGUUCAGAAGAAUCACUGCAGCAGCCACCAAACUUUUUACAGGAGAUGGAUCAUCUGAUGACUUCUAUACCCUUGAAAGCUUAAACGAUCUUGUGCAGUCCAUGAUCCCCACACAUCCUUCUUUAGUACUCCUGUGGUGUCAAAUCUUGCUGCUUGUUAAUUACACCAAUUGCAGCUGGUGGUCAGAAGUUCAUCAGACUCCAAAGAGGCACAGCCUUUCCAGUACUAAGUUGCUCAGCCCUCAGAUAUCUGAGGGCAAUGAAGAACCAGAUUCUGAAUCAAAACUUGGUAUGUGUAAUCGAGAGAUUGUUCGAAGAGGGGCACUCAUUCUUUUUUGUGAUUAUGUGUGCCAAAAUCUACAUGAUUCUGAACAUUUGACUUGGUUGAUAGUGAAUCACGUCCAAGAUCUUAUCAACCUCUCUCAUGAGCCUCCCGUGCAAGACUUCAUUAGUGCCAUUCACAGGAAUGCAGCUGCCAGUGGCCUUUUCAUCCAGGCUAUUCAGUCACGGUGUGAGAACUUCACAGCUCCAACCACAGUGAAGAAAACCUUGCAGUGCUUAGAAGGGAUUCAUCUCAGCCAGUCUGGUGCUGUGUUAAUGUUGUACAUGGACAGGCUUUUGUGCACCCCGUUCCGUGUGGUGGCUCGCAUGGUGGACACUCUUGCUUGCCGACGAGUAGAAAUGCUUUUAGCUGCAACGCAGCAGAACAGCAUUGCUCAGUUACCACUUGAAGAACUGGAUAGGAUUCAGGAAUACCUUCAAAACAGCGGGCUAGCCCAAAGACACCAAAGACUCUACUCGCUGUUGGAUAGGUUUCGCCUUACAGUAGCCUCAGGCACAGUGAGCCCAUCACCCUGUAUAACUUCACAUCCAUUGGACGGGGAGAACCAGCCAGCUCUGGAAACAAUAACUCCAGACAAAGACUGGUAUGUUUCACUAGUGAGUUCACAGUGCUACACAAGAUCAGACUCCUCUCUGCUAGAAGGUGCAGAACUGGUGAAUCGGCUUCCUCAACCGGAUCUCAAUUCUUUCAUGACCCAUAAGGACUUUAAUGUAAGCCUUCUAGCUCCAUGUUUAAGCCUCGGCAUGCAAGAACUCUCCAGGGAUCAGAAGAACCUUUUUGAAACAGCCCGUAGGGUGACUCUUGCUCAUGUGUCUGCUGCAGUACAAAAACUUCCCAUCAGCCAUCAAGUCUUUCAGCCAUUACAGCCAACUGAAACAUCUGUAUACUGGAACAAGCUGAGUGAUACCUUUGGUGACACAGUGCUUUAUCAAUCUACAAUGGUCCUAUCUCGUGCUUUAAGUCAGUAUCUGGUGUUGCUUCCUAAACUGCCAGCCUCUCUCCGCAUUCCACAUGACAAAGAGAGUGACAUUCUGAAAUUUGUUGUGAUGUCUGUUGAGAUACUUUCAUGGCACUUGAUACAUGAACAUAUUCCACUGAGUAUUGAUAUCCAGGCGGUGUUGGAUUGCUGCUGCCUGAUGUUACAACAAUCCAACUUGUGGAACCUGCUGGCUUCAGCCCUGUACACGACCCACGUGUGCUCCCUCAUCAACUGUGUACGCUUUAUUAUAGAAGCAGUGGCAGUUGAGCCUGGAAAUCAGCUUCUUAGUCCAGAAAGGAAGAGCCUUGUGAAAGCCGCUAGUGAAGAUGAAGUGGAUUCUCAAGCACCAAAAUUUGAAUAUAUUACAGCAACUUGUGAAACAGUAGCUGAACUGGUGGAGUGUUUGCAGUCUGUCUUGGCUUUGGGACACAGGAGAAACUGCCAAAUCCCAGCAUUUUUAACACUGGUUCUUAAAAACAUCAUCAUCAGCUUGUCCAGGCUGCCUUUAGUAAACAGCUAUGCAAGAAUUCCUCCUUUGGUCUGGAAACUGGGUUGGUCUCCAAAGCCUAUAGGUGAUUUUGGCACAACUUUCCCAGAAAUCCCCGUGGAAUUUCUUCAAGAGAGAGAAAUAUUCAAGGAGUUCAUCUAUCGAAUUAAUACACUGGGAUGGACAAAUCGCAUGCAGUUUGAAGAAACGUGGGCUACUCUUCUUGGUGUGCUUGUAACACAGCCAGUAGUGAUGGAUCAAGAGGAAAACCAGCAAGAGGAAGACACAGAGAGGACCCAAAUAAAUGUCCUUGCUGUCCAAGCCAUAACGUCCUUGGUGUUGAGUGCCCUGACCAUACCAGUGGCAGGCAAUCCGGCAGUUAGCAGCGUGGAACAGCAGCCUCGGAACAAAGCAUUAAAAGCUUUGGAUACAAGGUUUGGAAGGAAAUUAAAUGUUAUCCGGGGAAUUGUGGAGCAAGAAAUCCAAGAAAUGGCAUCUAAGAGAGACAACAUUGUUACCCACCAUUUGUACCAAGCAUGGGAUCCUGUUCCAUCUCUGUCUCCGUCCAGUACAGGUACUCUUAUCAACCAUGAGAAAUUUCUACUGCAAAUCAAUACAGAGCGUGAAAUAGGAAACAUGGGUUAUAAACUAGGACAGGUCUCUAUCCACUCCGUGUGGCUAGGAAAUAACAUUACUCCAUUGCGGGAAGAAGAGUGGGAUGAAGAUGAAGAUGAUGAGAGCGAGAUACCUGCUUCUUCUUCGCCUCCGUCCUCUCCCAUCAAUUCCAGGAAGCACCGGGCGGGUGUGGACAUACAUUCUUGUUCCCAGUUCUUGCUGGAGCUGUACAGUCAGUGGAUCCUGCCCUCAAGCCCCAGCAAGAGGACUCCAGUUAUCCUGAUCAGUGAAGUUGUUCGAUCUCUUUUGGCAGUAUCUGACUUAUUUACAGAACGGAAUCAGUUUGAGAUGAUGUACACAACAUUGACAGAGCUGCGGAAGACGCAUCCCACAGAAGAUGAGAUUCUGCUUCAAUAUUUGGUCCCAGCGACGUGUAAAGCAGCUGCUGUUCUUGGAAUGGAUAAAGCUGUAGCCGAGCCCGUGAGCCGCUUGCUGGAAUCCACAAUGCGUAGCACUCACAUGCCGAGCCGGAUCGGAGCCCUGCAUGGCAUUCUUUACAUCCUGGAGUGUGACCUCCUUGAUGAAACAGCCAAACAGCUCAUUCCAAUUAUCACAGACUAUCUGCUUUCCAAUCUGAAAGGCAUAGCCCACUGUGUGAAUGUCCACAACCAGCAACAUGUCUUAGUAAUGUGUGCCGUGGCAUUCUAUUUAAUAGAAAAUUACCCACUUGACGUCGGGCCUGAAUUCUCUUCUGGAAUUAUUCAGAUGUGUGGGGUGAUGCUGUCUGGAAGUGAAGAAUCUACACCCUCCAUUAUUUAUCACUGUAUCCUGAGGGGCUUGGAGCGGCUCCUCCUUUCAGAGCAGCUCUCUCGGCCGGAUAGCGAGUCCCUGGUGAAACUGAGUGUCGACCGCGUGAAUGUGCAGAGCCCUCACAGAGCCAUGGCUGCGCUGGGGUUAAUGCUGACUUGCAUGUACACAGGAAAAGAGAAAAUCAGCCCAGGGCGAGUUACGGAUCACAGUCAAGCUGCCCCAGAUAGUGAGUCGGUGAUUGUGGCUAUGGAGCGUGUCUCUGUUCUUUUUGACAGGGUCAGAAAAGGAUUUCCCUUUGAAGCCAGGGUAGUAGCUCGGAUACUCCCUCAGUUUCUUGAUGACUUUUUUCCUCCACAAGAUGUAAUGAAUAAAGUUAUUGGAGAAUUUUUAUCUAACCAGCAGCCAUACCCACAAUUUAUGGCAACUGUGGUGUAUAAGGUAUUUCAGACCCUGCAUACUACUGGCCAGUCAUCCAUGGUCCGUGACUGGGUGAUGCUGUCGCUCUCCAAUUUCACCCAGAGAACACCUGUUGCCAUGGCGAUGUGGAGCCUGUCCUGUUUUUUUGUCAGUGCUUCCACCAGCCAGUGGAUUUCUGCUAUUCUUCCACACAUUAUCAGCAGAAUGGGAAAAUCAGAGCAAGUGGACAUCAACCUCUUCUGCUUGGUGGCCAUAGACUUUUACAGGCAUCAGAUAGACGAAGAACUAGACCGCAGAGCCUUCCAGUCUGUAUUCGAGGUGGUAGCAACGCCGGGGACCCCGUAUCACCGCCUGCUCACCUGUUUGCAAAAUGUUCACAAGGUCGCGGCGUGCUGA